AUGCCGGCCCUCAAGAAAUACGUCCCGUCCUUCCUCCUUCCCACCGACGAGCCCCAGCAUCCGGGCCGCAUCUACGACGUGCCGCUCCGCCGAGAACUCUUCCACAAGGCCCGGCCGGGCAACGAGCACAGCGUCGAGGCCAGCCGCAACAACAGCGUGGUGAGCGAGCGCAGACGGAGCUCGGCAGACGCCACGGAAUCGCGGAGGGAGAGCUGGCAUCCCGGCAUGGCCUUUGAGGGCUUGAAACAUCUCGAGGCGAAUACUUUUGUGUGA